AUGUUCCGAAACAGAGCAUUCUUAUCUCUUGCCAACCGUUUGGAAGUUGAAAUAUCAGAAAGAAAGGAUAUUGAUAACCAAACAAGAGAUCUUCAAAACGUUACGUACAAGGAAUUAAUCCUUUCAUCUUUUGAUUUCCCUGACAUGAAAUUACUCGCUCUAUCUGGCGUUCGAGAUUGGGAUUUAUUCAUGCAGAAUAGCCCCGAUAGAUCGAGUGCCUCAAACAUUACAUCCUUAUCCCUCACCAACACGGUGCCAGCAGAUCGAGGCUUGACGAAGCUUUUAUCGUGGCCAAAGGCUCUAAAGUCUCUCCGUUACGAGCUCGCGCUUUCCGAGAUCCGUGGUCGUAGACAGUUCGAAAGUUCUCCUUACCCAGAUAGAUUCGUUUUAUCGGCGAGAGAAUUCAGCGUCGCACUGCAACCGCAUGAACAUAGCCUCGAAGAACUCUUCAUCGAAGGCUGCACCACGGGUAAUGGACCUGACUUUGAUCCAAGGCAACUUAUCGAUCUUCAUUCAUUCACCAAUUUAAAAUACGUUCGGCUUCCACUUAACUUUCUGUUCAUAUCUCAGUCAGACGCGAGCUAUUAUGGUAUCUCCUAUUCCGCCACGGCAAUCUCGCAAAUUCUUCCACCUGCUCUUGAGGAACUGCGCAUUGGGAUAGAUUACGAAUGGCAUUGGCUGACCCUUUUCUCUCUCAUUCCAAUUAAUGAGAUGCUUUCUCCACCUUUCGAUGAAGAUACAAAUUAUGGACCAGGGGAGCUGAGCAGUUUCGUCUGUGAAAUUGUGAAGAAUAGGGAUAUGCGAUACACGGGACUACGUUCAAUUAUAUUUGAGGAUGCUAUGGCUUAG